UCCCACAGACAUGAUCCAUUUGUACUCCAAACUGAGCGGAAAACCCGGAUCGUCCUUGUGACGUUGUAGUAUUAUACAUGAUACAAACUCAGAGACUACUAAAGUCUGAAAUAGAGCCACAGCGCUCGAAACCGGAGGUGCUGAGCGCUGGUGCGCGAGCCUGCCUGCCGUUUCGUAGGUUAGCUCGCUGGUUCAGUAACCAGCUGCUUUGACCACGGGCUCAGUGACUAAUCUGAAGACAGCCAUCGAGGCAGCUCUCCUAUAUUUCAUUUUUACCAUCCUCUCGUAUUGAGUAAGCAUGGCAACUCGGCGACUGACCGAUGCCUUCUUAUUAAUGCGGAACAAUGCAAUCCAAAACCGGCAGAUAUUGGCUGAGCAAGUGAGUACAUACGACCCCCGUCGUACUCUGAAUACACGUAGCAAUGCUGCGCUGGUUGAUGAUCGUAUGGCUCUGGUGUCUGGCAUUAGUUUGGAUCCAGAGGCUGCUAUUGGUGUCUCAAAGAGGCUCCCACCCAAAUGGGUGGAGGGAGUGGAUGAGAUUCAGUAUGAAAUCACACGUAUCCGUCAGAAGAUGAAGGAUUUAGCCAAUCUACACGACAAACACAUGAACCGCCCCACACUGGAUGACAGCAGUGAGGAGGAACAUGCUAUAGAGAUCACUACACAGGAAAUUACACAGAUGUUUCACAGGUGUCAACGGGCCACAACAGGGUUACAGACACAGAGUUAUCACUGUAUAGAGCAAGAAAAGAGACUAUUGACAAAUGUGGUCUCCUCAUUGGCCCAGAGCCUGCAAGAACUGUCAAUCAACUUCAGACACACACAGUCAAGCUACCUGAAACGCAUGAAAAACCGUGAAGAAAGAUCUAAGCACUUUUUUGACUCUGGUCCUCUCAUGGAGGAAGAUGAAGAUAUUGCAGUAUAUGACAGAGGAUUUACGGAUGGCCAGCUUGUUCUAGUUCAGCAGAACACAGUGAUGGUUGAAGAGCGGGAGAGAGAAGUUCGACAAAUUGUUCAAUCCAUUUCUGACCUUAAUGAGAUAUUUAGAGAUCUUGCUGGCAUGGUUGUUGAACAGGGCACAGUCCUGGACAGAAUUGACUUCAAUGUGGAGCAAGCAUGUGUCAAAACAGAGGAGGGGCUUCAGCAGUUGCAAAAGGCUGAACAGUACCAGAAGAAAAACCGCAAGAUGCUGGUCAUAUUAAUUCUCUUCGUCAUAGUUGUUAUUCUAAUACUUGUUCUGUUUGGGACAAAGUUUAGUUGAAUCAUUCCAUGACCUAUACAAGGAGGGAUCUACCUGUAUGUAUGUAUGUAUGUAUGUAUGAGAGAAAACAAAUGUAUUUCUAUGUGUGUUGGAAUGAGUGUGCACAUGAUGACUUUUGGACCAUUGUUUGAGGGCUGGAUAUUUGUCGAAUGGAAGCUGCUGUUGUUUUUGAAUACUACACAACCAAAUUAAACUGAAGAGGAAUGCCUUCUGGAGGCCACAAAAUCUCAUGUGUUAAAACUGUUUGUAGGAGUAUAAGGACGGGCAAGGAGGAGGCGGGAACCGGCUGAACAGUAAACAUAAACUUUAAGGGUAAUCUUAAAACCACUUAAAUAAACGUGCGGCACGGGCGUGUGCGUCUCUCUCUCGAACCGGUGUCUCUGGCUGCCCUUUAUCUCGCUCUCCCUCUGAUCAGCUGUUUCAGCGCCAUCUGUGCUCUAUCAUGGCCCGGCCACGCCCUCCUCCUCCUCCUCCUCACACUGUUUAAAAGGCAGUGCAGGAAAUUGCCUUUAGUUAGAGGAAGUGGUCACUGCUCCGGUUGCUUUUAGUUAUCUUCCAAGGGACAUUUUCUUAAUUUGUCCUGCACAAGCACAGCAUUUUGACAGGAGCAUGAUUGCAAGAUGUCAGCCUGUUAAUCUCAAACUCCCUUGUAAAUGGAAAGAAUAUGUGACAAGAUUGAGGUAUCCUUAGAAGGCUGAAAUUGUGUCUGUAUCUCUCCUUUAGAUGAUCAAAUCAACUUGGGUGAAUCUCACAAAACCAGUCAAGAAAAAUAUCUGGGUCGUAUUUCACCCAUAAAAUUAAAAGAAAGAAAUAAGAAAUUAUAUUAGAAAAAAAAAACUGAAGAAAUUUUAAAUAUUAAAGAUUGUAAGACUAUUAAGUUCGUAUGCAUUGCAAUGUAAACAAAUAAGUUUAAUGGUUCCACCAUUUCUCAUUACCAUAAUGCAAAAAGUCUCAUUCAUAUUAGUAUAAUGCACAAAAAAAAAACUCAUUAUGUGAAAUAAAAUUAAACCAAAUUCUACAAAUAAUUAAAAAUGUAUUAAAAAUAAAAAUAUGCAUUUUAAUGAUAUAUUUAGAUUUUUUUUAUUUAAACAAAGUAGUCAUGCAUCAUGGCAAUAUUUGAUGUAAUGCCUUUUAAUUACGUUGAUUAAAUAAAAAAUAUUGUAGUACAGUAAUAUUUACUGUAUUGUAGUGAAAAUUAAAAAUCAACAUUAAAAAUGAUUUGAAUUACCAAAAAGCUUGUAAAACACCCAGACACAUCACGGUUAUGAGAAUGUCACAAUGUAAAAUUGUCCUAAAAAUAAGAUUUAUUUUCUUCUUGCAGUUUUAAAUACAUUUUAUUCUCUUUAUUUUGGAGUGAAAUGUGACAUGUUUUUGAGAGAUUCACCAACUUUCUUCCUCUGCCUGGCCUGUAGUAGCUCACUAGAGUUAAAUAAGAGGUUAUGAGCAACCUUUGAACCGAACCUUGCUUUUAGGCUAAGUUUUGCUUGUGUGCCCAAGAUGAAAUCCAAGUAUUUUCCCCCACCUCAAACUCUUCGAAUUUUCACUUUGUGUUUAUGUGUGUGCAAACUCCUCGCCCUUGUUUUGUAAGAGAUGCAUUGACACUCCAUUAAACCAUGUAGGAAGUUAAGAUCAAAGAAUGAGAAACACUUUUCAUGGUCGUUCUGCUAUUUCAAAUCCUUUUAAAUCUGUUUAAUUUUAUUUUUAUGGUAAAAAGUAUAUGGUUGGAUUUACAUGUAUUGAAUGAAUUAAAUGUUAUAUUGUCCUUUAACAGGCAUCCAAAACUGACUGUUAUUUCCUCUGCUGAUGUGAGUGGAGGCUUGUAUGCACCAUUAUGUGUUUGUCUACAUUGUAAUAGCAGUGUUGUCAUAAUAUCAGUAUCACUUCAGUGAUGACUUUGAUACAAGGAGUGAUUUAGCAAGACUUAUUUUGCUCCACUCCGUUUCUUGCCUUAAGGAGUGGACGCUUGUGUGCUAAACUUGGAUGAUGAUGUAAAAUUUCUGUUUUUAAAAGUUAGCUUGUCCACUUUAAAUGACUGCUGUUGUCACUACAAUAUCUGUCAGUCUGACCUUUGAUCUUAAACUGAACUUUGAGUCCGGAGCUCAGUUAUGUCUCCUGAAUUACAGUGCAACUACUGUUUCUUGGACAAGAUGAAAUUAUUUAUUUUAGAUGCAAAUAUGUGUACAAAGUAUAUAGAGUUCUAUUGAUGUCCUUUGGUAGCAUUGUCCAACGUUAAUUGUCCAUUGACAAUUUAUUUUUUUUUUUCUCGUUUUUCUGUCCUUUCAAAAAUAUAUUCCCUUUUGGCUUUUAUUGGUGAAAGCUAAUUGCACCAUUACUGUAUGAUGAAGAAAAAUAUGAAGUCGACUGUUCUUUUAUAAAUACAGAGGAAAUAAAUUGAGAUUUUAGAAGGGGAGACAUGAUGGUAAAUGGAAAGUAAAAAUAGCAGCACAUCCAAGGCUUAAACCCAUUUCAUAUGGUUAUCUUCAUAUGUUUUUGUCUGUUUUUUUCCGUGAUACCAGGUGUGAAUUGCAUAAUGUUCUUGCAUUAUGGUACUACUGUAUGCCAUCUGAACCUUGAACUUCUGUAAAGGUUAAACAGAUUUUUAAUCAAAUAAAAACCAAUUUA